GUACCUCGAUCAGCAUAGUUUGACUUGUUUCAAAUCAAGCUUCAUCAUGUUCACCAAGGCACUUAUCUUCGUCCUUUUGGGCACCACCCUUGUUCUGGCUAACCCCAUCAGCCAGGAAAACUCUGUCGAGGAACAGACUGAAAAGUACUGGAAGGCCAAGGUUCAGGACUGGUUCCACCAUGUCGAGGAGACCCUCAAGGAGUACUACGAACAAGGCAAGAAGAGCUUCGAAGAAGCCUUGAACGAACUUAAACAGAAGGGUGAGAAGGCUGUCGAAAUCAGCAAGGAGAAGUGGGCUGAGCUCAAGGAAAAGUACCAGGAAAUCAAGGAGAAGGCCAAGGUUGCCAUUGAAGAGAAAAAGAAGAUCUGGGAGGCUCGUCUUGAAGAGUGGAAAAACAAGGGGCAGGAAGCUCUUGAAGAGGACAAGGAAAAGUUCCAGGAACUGAAGGAGAAGGCCAAGGAAUCUAUCAAGGAAGAGAAGGCCAAGUGGCAAGCUAAGCUUAAGGAGUGGAAGCAGAAGGCUAAGGAAGCCAUCGAAGCCGCCAAGGAGAAGGCUCACGAGAAACAGGAAUAAAGUGUUGAUCAUAUUAAAGUUAUAAUUAGUUAUCGCACACACGUUUAUAAUUAUUUUUAAUAUAUAUGCUAUUACAUUAUUAGAAACAUGACUCUUUA